AACAUAAUAUGGACAUUACAGAAUCUCAAUCUGAGAAGAUCCAACAAUUCCGAGAUAUUACGGGGCUUGAUUCCACAUCGGAAGCUGAUAAUGUCACCAAUCUCUUACGUAUCAAUGAUUGGAAUCUUAAUAAUGCAGUAUCAAUCUACUUUGAUAGUGGGUUUGAACUGAUAACUUCCAACACAGGUGUAGAGGAAAUGAUUGAGUCAGAUCAACAGCAACUGGCGUUCAAUGAAUCCAACGUAUCCCAUCGUCAUGAGGAUUCUAGAUCUGUAGUCAAUCUACAAAGUGAACUCUUUUUAGAUAAUUAUAUACCAAAAUUACCUAAAGCCCCCAAAAUAUCUAAUCAAUGGCAAUUGGAAAUUGGCCUUCAUAUGAGUCAACGAGAUCAAUUAGUGAAGAAUGAACAUGAAUUCCAAUCUCCUACACCAAUACCAAAGCAAAGUAAUUUAUGGAUCAUAUUGCUUAUCAUUCCUAAAUCACUCUUAUCAUUAUUACUUUCAUUAUUUAAAUUAUUAUUUGGGAAAAGAUCUAUACCAUUAAAUAGAUUUCCUAGAAAGUUCAACUAUUUAGAAUAUGAUCCGGAUUAUAAAAUGAGAAUUGAACAAGAAGAUGAACAUAUAAAUGAAAAAGAAUUUGGAAACGUUGAAUUACAAGAGAAAGAAGGUCAAUCUAAUUCAAGUUCAAAUCAAUUAAUUGAAAAGAAGGAUUUACAAUUAUUAAAAGAAAUUAAUGAGAAAUAUAAUUCUUCAUCCUUUAAUGAACUUUAUCAAUUAUCACAAACAAAAUAUUCUUGGUUACUUGUUAUUCUUGUUAAUAAUUCAGAGCAAAGCAAGAGAUUUCUUAACUCUUUUAUAUUAAAUGAAUCAUUUAAUAAAUUUAAUGAAAAUGUAAAUAUUUUCAUUAAUAAUGUUGAGAAAUCUCCAGAAGCUUUCACUAUUGGUGAAACAUAUAAAGUUAAAAAAUUACCAUAUGUUAUGCUCUGUGGGAAUGUUACAAAUAACCCAUCAAUCAUGUCAUCUAUGAGUAUUGUUUACAAGUCUAACAUUUCAUCAAAUGUACUUGAAAGUGUACAAGAUGUAUCACAAACAGUCAAUCGUACGUAUAGAGGACUUAAUAAAGUAAUGGAACAUUUUAAUCCACAACUUAUUAGUCAAAGGUUUGAUCAACAAGAAAUUGAAUUUUCACGUAUGUUAAAAGAUCAACAAGAUGCUGCAUAUAUAGAAUCACUUGUACGUGACAAACAAAAGAAACAAGAGAAAGAAUUGAAGCAACAACUCAUAGAAACAGAAUUACAAUUGGCAAAACAAAGAGAAUUAUAUUUAUAUCAAAAAUUAAAAUCUAAAGGUUGGAUAGAUUCAUUAGAAGAUGAAAUUAAACAACAAAAUGUUAAAUUAGCCAUCAAACUUCCUGAUGGAACUAGAAUCAUUGAAAUAUUUCUGAAAAAGAUUCAAACCAAAGAACUUUAUUUGUUUGUUGAAUUAAAAUUAUUCUUAAAUGAUUUGAUUAAUAGUGAAGAAAAUGAGUUCAAAGAUGAGAAUGAUGUAUUAGUUAAAGUGGAAGAGGAGAUUUCAAUUGACAAUAAGGAUGAAACUUGGACAUUGGAUGAAUAUUUUGAAAAAUUUCCGGUUAGAUUUGAACUUAUUCAACCAUUCCCAAAGAAAGUUAUUGAAAUUAAUAGUAAUGAGAUUGGAUUAACAAAGGAAUUAAAGAAUGGUGGCAAUUUAUUAGUUGAAUAUUUAGAGGAUGAAGAUGAUGGAACCGAUGAAGAGUGAUGUGUGGGAAGUGAUGAGAAGUGGAGGCAAGUUUGUUGUAAUAUUUUUUAGAUUGGAUGGGUUGUAAAACAUAAAAUAGGAUAUUGGUAGAAUGAGAAUGUAGAUAAUAAUGAGAUAAUAAAUAAAAUAUGAAGG